CUACCUCCGACUUGAGCUGCGGUCUGAACUGUAACUCUUUCGGUAGAAACGGUUCAAUCGGUUUUUACAGUUUAUCGUUCAUAUUAGUAGAUAAUUAUAGAGUUUUUCUCAACCGAUAGAGUUCGUCACAAUUCUUUGCGAGUAAAAGGUUUUUAAAUUCAACUUCAAUAUAUAUUAGUUUUUGUUUGUUUACCCUGUAAUGAACCUUGAUCCAAGAAUCAAAAUGUCUUAUUAAUAUUUGUUAUGAUUACUUGAAAAUGAAUUUUAUAACCAGUUAUUCCGUUUACUCUUUCAUCAUAUUAGUUUUUCCCUUUCAAUUUAAUUGCCAGAUUUUAAGGAAUCAUUAUUCAGGGAUAUUUAAUGAUGAUUUAAGAGAUCGUCAAUACUCGAACGAUAGAUAUUAUCCUGGUGAUCGUUACAAUUUUAUGGAUCGUUCAAAUCCUAUUAGAAUUGGAUACGAGUCUGAGUACAGUGAUUCUCGCUGUGUGGGGAAUAGAAGCCCAACUUACAAUUUAGAUAGUUCCGUUACAGUUCGACUAAGUUUAGGUGAUGUUACUGGUACCUAUGUAUUUCUUUGCGAUGGACCUGGACAAUCUGAAUAUGACAGACCCAAUUCUAAAUACGCCAAAACACCUAAAGUCUAUAAAAAUAUAACUGUGUUUCUAGGUAUUCCAUAUGCUUUGCCUCCAACUCAAGAGCUAAGGUUUAGGCCACCUCAAGUGCAACCAUCAUUCAAAUCGAAAUAUGCUUUACAAUAUCGAAGUGCUUGUUUACAGCAUCCACAGUAUACAGGAAUUAAAUUUGGAAUUACAGAUACUUCUGAAGAUUGUCUAAACUUAAAUGUAUUUUCACCAUCCGUUAAGGGACAGAAUGAAAAAUAUGCCGUUAUGGUGUAUAUUCAUGGUGGAGAGUGGCACCACGGGAGUGGUAAAACAUUUCCGGCACAUAUGUUGGUUGCUUCUCAAAGUGUGGUAGUUGUAACAUUCAAUUACAGACUUGGAGCAUUAGGCUUUUAUGCAAAUGGACAAGAAUCCUCUCCUGGAAAUUAUGGUUUGUUUGAUCAGGCUUUGGCAAUUGAAUGGGUAUAUGACAAUAUUGGAGCAUUUAAUGGAGAUAAUGAAAGAAUAACUUUGUUUGGUCCUGGUUCUGGUGCAGCUAGUGCUGGCAUUCAUGCAUUGUCUGCUAGAUUAGGAAAAAAAAUUCGUCGAGUUAUUGCUCAAAGUGGAUCUGCUGUUGCUGACUGGGCUGUCACCAAAAGCAAUUAUACAGUGUUCAACAACAGUAUUGAGUAUGCAUUAUUGCUAAAUUGCUAUUUCCAAUCAUCAUGGAGAACUGUCUCUUGUUUGCAGAGUUUGCCUUCAAGUUUAUUUGAAACAAAGUUAUUUGAGCCUAAGACAGGAUGGUUGUCGUGGAAUCCCGUAAUUGAUCUCUGUACACGUGAGAGAAAUAAAAGAAUUUUGCCUGAUUCACCAGAAAACAUGCUUAGAACUCAUUAUGAAAAUCUGCAUGAUGAUUUUUCUUACCUGGCUGGUGUAACAACAGAUGAAGCAGCUACUAUGUUUCUUGUAGAUCCUGAAAUAAAAAAGAAUAAUUAUGUACUCACUGUAAAGAAGUUUAAGGAAAAAAUUCAGGAAUAUUCAUCAAUUUUCAACUAUACUCUUGACAUUGCUGGUUUAACCAAAGCUAUUGAAUUUAUGUAUGUGCCAGCUCAGAAAAAUCUUCACAAUCAGACUUUACUUAGAGAGGGCUAUAUCAAUAUGCUGUCUGACAGUUACUUUGUAGCUCCAAAUAAUAAGAUGAUGAAACUUCUGCUUGAGCGAAAUAUACGGACUUAUGCUUAUGUAUUGAAUGGUUCCCUUGAAGGAUUGGAAUCAAUGAGAUCGUAUCACCCACUUAAGAACAUUACUCCUCAUGACAUUGAAUAUUUUCUUAUCACUGGUUCUCCUUUUAUGGAUCCAAGGUUGUUUCCCAGUGGCUUGAAUUUGCAGGAAGCAAGAUGGACUGAAGCAGAUCGUAAUCUCAGUCAACUUUUUAUGCAGACAUGGGCAAAUUUUGCUAAAUUUGGAAAUCCUACUCCUGCCAAAGUUUUUAAUAUUACAUGGGAACCUGCAAAUAUUAAAAAUAUGCAGUAUUUACUCAUAAAUACUACAAAUUUUACAUCAGUAAUGAGGUCUAAUUACCGUCAGAAAGAGAGCCAGUUCUGGAGUGACUUUUUGCCCACUUUAAUGAAAGGUCAAUUCAGUUUUCCUACUACUUAUUGUCAACCUGAGUAUGAAAUUUGGCAAAAUCAGAAACGUAUCUAUCAAGCAUCAUUAUGGGGAACAUUAGGAAUCAUACUACUCAUUAUAGUGUUAUGUGUGUUGUGUUCUUUUCUAUAUUGCAGAGCUAAAAGUAAACAUGUUGUCAGCACAGAAGAUAUACCUGACUCUGUAUCAUCAGUUAGUCCAUAUUCAAUGGAUUCCCUUUUACAUAACAUGAAGAGAAGUGAAAGCAGUAACAAAUAUUUGACUGAACGUUUACAUGUUGAACAGAAGCACACCCAAGUUUGAAGUCUAUGAAAAACAGUCUUUGCUGUGAUAAAGUUAAAUGCUUGAUUAAGUCAAUGUGUGCAAUAAUGUGAUUUGGUACUAUUGUUUUUCAUAAGUUUAGAAAAAUGUUAAUUGACCAUA